AUGUCAGGCAUCUCUCAUGCUCUCCUUGCAGGGAAGGCGAAGGUCUACCAAGGCGUCCGAGUGAAGAUGACCGUGAAGGAACUUCUGCAGCAGAGAAGAGCCAAACAGGCCCCGGUGGCAGAAGCUGUUUUUGGAGAAUGCAGUAGAAACGUCCAGGCUGGUGAAGCUUUUUCGCCUCUCUGCACAGUUCCUUACAUCGAUACGGCACCUGAAUCUUCCUUAUCUAGCUGUUUACAACAACCUUGGCAGUUCCAGAGCGGGACCUCCUGCGAGGAAAUUCCCAAUUAUUUGGAGCAGCUGGUGGAUUCUUGCCUUCAAGCUGAGCCACCUCUGGAGAUGCCCUUGACCUUGGCACAGGACAACCUGCCCUGCUCACCUGAGAGCUUCCAGCCAGCCCCCACCUGCCUGGGUUCUGGAUCCCCGGAGGCUGUUGACCCUUCCAGCUCCUUCGAUUACAGCUAUUCCCCAUCUCAAAUGCCUCCUUGCGCCCCGCUUGGCUACAGCUGCCCAACUCUGGAUGGCAGGAGUUGCAUGUAUCCGUCCCUGGAGGAACGUACCUGCCAGCCACACAACCACAUGCCACACACUUCCGGCCUAUCGACCUGCUACUGCACCCCGUGUGGUUCCCAGCACUUGGACACAUUUCGAGCCCCUGAAUACUUUCCCUACGCCACCCUGGACUGCAAAGACUAUGCCCCUUCGGUCUCAGUGGCAGACGACUUCUGGAAGGAUAGGAGUUGGGAUCUGUGCUACAGUUAG